GCUGAAUUUAAUUAAUUCUUGAUUCCCUUUUGUCCGUCCCUGUGGAGACGAUACUCAUACUUACACCACUAUAUUCCAAUCCUUUUUAAGUGCGAGAAAACACACAUCAAGCAGCCAUCAAGGAAUGGUCAAGAUCUCCUCCACAGCAAGAAAUGAUCCACCAAACUAUCUUGUACCGCCGUUAUCUAUUAACGGGACACGCCGCCUGAUCAUCUCAAUAUCAGGAAGACUUUCGAUACCACGCACCAAUAGCAGAUCAAACCACAAGACCAAACCCUGUAAGUAAUGUUCUCCAGAAGAUCUCCUCUCCACCGACAUCACCAGCAACUCUUCUUGUACCGCCGUUGUUUACCCACGGGACACACCGCCUGACCACCACAACAUCAGGAAGACUUUUGAUACAAUGCACCACUAACAAAUCAAAUCGCGAGACCAAACUGAGAACCACCCACACAAUGCCAUCACCGCUCCUCCAUAUAUGUAUGACCCAAGCUCUAAAGUGAAGUUCAUCAUCCCAUCAAAAAGCAUGAUCCCGAAUGCCUCUAACAACACUGCUAGCAUCACAAAUAUUAUGACGAGAUCGAUCCCCACGACGAAAUCUAUCCGUUACUCUACCUCCAACAACCAUGGCUCUGAUACCACUGUUGGGGAAUACACGACCCCGACCUCUUCCAGGAUCACUAGCUCAAAGGACUCUUGUACACUCACACAUCCACUCUUAACACAAAGGAUAAAUCUAACAAUCUCACUUUGUAUUAUACAAUUGAAAUGUACAAGAGAUAUUUUACAAGUAAAUGAGUAGCUCACUUCACUCUUUGUAUAUGAGACUACUCCACUCACACAUACCUCUCUCAAGGAAGCACUCACUCACUCAAGAGCUCUCCUCAAGGCUCUCUCUCUCAUCACUUGAGGAGGCUCUUUCUAGGCCCUCAC